UGCGCCCGAUAGGGGGCGUGUCCUUCUAAGAUCUCGCGAGAGCUCAAUUCAACCUCUAUCGCGAGCAGCGACAGUGUGGCUGUUGACAGUGCGCUGCUGCAAUCAUGCUCAAAGCAGUAAACAAGACACGUCUCAGACAGUUGUCUGGUCUGAUUCGGAGGUUUCAGAGCACUCUGGUAGUUGCCGAGCACAACAAUGAGUCGCUGACCCCCAUCACCCUUAACGCCAUCACUGCCGCUGCAAAACUAGGCAGUGACGUGUCCUGUUUGGUUGCUGGAACAAGUUGUGCAAAGGUUGCAGAGCAGUUGUCCAAAGUUCAAGGGGUGAAGAAAGUUCUGGUAGCGCAGCACGAAGCCUACAAGGGUUUAUUGCCAGAGGAGCUGACGCCUCUUAUCUUGGCCACCCAGAAACAGUUCGGUUUCACACACAUCUGUGCCGGAGCGUCUGCUUUCGGAAAGAAUCUCCUUCCAAGAGUGGCUGCCAAGUUGGAUGUGGCUCCCAUUUCAGAUAUCAUUGAGAUCAAAUCUCCAGACACCUUCGUGAGGACCAUCUAUGCCGGUAAACAUGCGCAGGAAUGCCUCAGCACAGUCAAGUGCAAUGAAAGCAUCAAGGUCUUCACCGUCAGAGGCACUUCCUUUGAACCGGCGGCCGUGGAAGGAGGCGGCGCGUCUUCAGAGGAAGUCUCUCCGUCUGCCCCUGUUGGAGUCUCCGAGUGGCUGGAACAAACUCUAUCCAAGAGUGACCGUCCAGAACUCACCAGUGCUAAAGUCGUGGUGUCUGGAGGGAGGGGCCUGAAGAGCGGCGAGAACUUCAAGCUGCUCUACGACCUCGCAGACAAACUCAACGCAGCCGUCGGAGCCUCCAGAGCUGCGGUUGACGCCGGUUAUGUUCCCAACGACAUGCAAGUUGGACAGACUGGAAAGAUUGUGGCUCCUGAGCUGUACAUUGCGGUUGGCAUCUCCGGAGCGAUCCAACAUCUUGCCGGAAUGAAGGAUAGCAAGACCAUCGUAGCCAUCAACAAGGACCCAGGCCCCAUUUUCCAGGUGGCUGACUAUGGCCUAGUGGCAGAUCUGUUUAAGGUUGUACCCGAGUUGACCGAAGCCUUGAAAAAGUGAUACUCCUCAGGAAGCUGGUACUCACCUGGAGAACUUCACUAGGAACCUGCCUUAAGAAGCUCCGAGCCAACGCUCCACUGAUGCUCACUUCCUGAACGUGAUUUUUCUCCAGAACACUUGCGUACCUACAGUAGCUAAUGUAAACAUUUAAACCACUUCUUUUAAUAAAAGAAUUAAGUGACACAUGGCCAGAGGUCUUCUGUUUUUCAAAUUUGGGUUUUUAUCAUUGUUGCGGACUUCGGGUAAUUCAAGGUUGUCCGAGUCUGCUCCUGGACGCCCACUGUCCUGUCCAGCUCAUUAGCAGCUAAUAAGGAUCUUCAGGAUCACUAGAAACAUCCAGGCUCAUGUGUCAGAGCUACAUUAUGCAGGACAUUGGGCCUCCAGAAGCAGGACUGCAUACUGACCUCAGUGGAGUAGAAGUCUUUUAUCCAGCAGUUGUCUUAUGGUCAUCUAUUUGUGCAAGUAACUUGCUGUUUGUUAUACUUUAAUAAUGUAUCUGUCUGGCCCUGGAUGCUCACUGAAUGAUACAAUAAACAUACUUCUGCUUUG